AUGGCGACCGCUCGUAAACGCCCGCGCCCGGAGCCAGAGGAGAGCCAGGCAGAAUGCCCUUUUAGCGUUAUCCAUCCCGACCCAAACGAGAAGGAAAAGAAGGCGAAGCGUAGACGGCAAGAAUCCGAAGACCAUCCUCAACCUAAGAUAUUGCUUCAGGCGUCUCCCUUCUCGCCUAUGGGCAAGUUUAAAGAUCCCAAUAAUACUAUGGACCGGCAUUACCAAGUUCAACCAUAUCAGAAAUGGAUGGAUAUGACGCGGUAUAAUAGUUUCGUCCUGAAUGGCGUUAAGUACUGGAGCGAGGGUUUCAUAUUCGUUGCCAACAGCUCGACGAUCGAGCGCCAGAAAAAUCCGGGUGAAACCAUACAGCCUAGGAAGAAGUCAGACGACGAUUGGGUAGCAAGAAUCUUGGAAAUCCGAGCAGCUGAUGAACAUCAUGUAUAUGCACGCGUUUAUUGGAUGUACUGGCCGGAUGAGCUGCCGGUAGGCACGCAAGAUGGGAAGAAACUCAUACAGGGACGACAGUGGUAUCAUGGCGCAAAUGAAUUGGUCGCGUCCAACCAUAUGGAUGUGAUCAACGUAGUCAGUGUUACUGCUGCAGCAACCGUCAAUCAAUGGGACGAGACGAAUGAGGACGAAGUUCAGCCUGCGCUCUACUGGCGCCAGGCCUUUGAUGUUCGUAGUAUGGAACUCUCUUCUGCAGAGCUGCGCUGCAAAUGCAAUCGUCCCGAAAAUCCGGACAAAAGGCUGUUUGGCUGUUCAAACGAGGAAUGCAAAAAAUGGCUUCAUGAUGAGUGUCUAAUCCAUGAAGCACUUCUAAAGACGUACAAUCGCCUAGGAACCGAUAAACCCCACAAACCCGCACCGGUGAAGGAGGAGGAAGCUGGAGAGGCGGCUAAACGGCCACUAAGUCCCAGCGAGACAGGUGCAGCACAAACGACGGAGCAAUCGAUCGAUGUAAAGCCCGAAGAACAGCAACAAACAAUAAAACUUGCCGACGUCGAAAACGCCCUUCCGGCUAUCAAGGCCGAAAAUGCGAGUGUCUCCGUCGCGACCUCUAAGCCCAAACAAAGAGGGCGACCUCGUAAGUCGGAAUUAAACGACCGGGCGGCAGCGAAGCCAUAUGAAGGAUUGUUCGAGGGUAUAAUACAAAGUGACAUAAGUCCACCAGUCCUCGAAAUCACGGAUCUCCGAGAGAGCGUCACGGGUGGAGACAAGUCAUGGACAGAACCCCUUCACUGCUUAAUCUGCGAUCACGAGAUCCAGUAG